AGAAGGUUUGACAUGUGGUUUGAGAACUCCAAAUAGAUCGCUUCCUCAAUGUGUGAUAACAUCCUGUUACUCCCUACCUCCGUUAACAACAAUUAUUGGCGCCUUCCAACAGACGAAAUGAUUGACAAAACUUUGCUAUGUUCUCACUUCAUUUCAUAUGAAUUUUCUGGUAAUUGAACUACAUUUAUUUAAAACAACGACCUACAUAUGGAGAUUCUGGACGCUGAAAAGGACUGUUGGGAGAUUAAGAGAAAGAGAAAACAUGAAGAACAUCAGGAGUCAGCAGAUGCAGAUGUCCGGCAUACCAAAUCAAGGACAACUAGACCUACGUCCACCAUGAAAGUAAGAAGGGCUGAAACUGAACCGCCUGUUUUCUCUACUGAAUUUGGAAGUUUACCCAGCCAGACAGGAUUUCGGGAGUUUGUACGUCAGUACAAGUUGUCAGUCAAACAGAAGCAUGACAGUGAGUGGAGCUUCCUGUCUGGUGAACAAGAGUCAUUGUAUGCUCUGUAUACUGAACCACUGAUCAUUCAGAAAAAUGAAGAUGACAGUUUUAAAAACACCCAUGUGUAUGAGUGUUUCCAGUUGUGUGGGGCAUUGACUGUCAUUCUCCAAGGCGACUCUGGCAGUGGCAAAUCCUUCAUAGCACAAAAGAUCAUGUUGGACUGGGCAUCUGAAGUGUUUUCUUCUAGUCGUUUUGAUCUAGUUUUCUAUCUGAGAUGUGAAGAGCUGAUGUGUAUUUCUGAGGAGAUGAACUUAACUGAGCUCUUGAGUUACAGCUGCAGUUUAACAUCAGAUCAGAUCUCACAGAUGUUACAGCAGUUACCAGAGGAGGUGCUUUUCAUCAUUGAUGGAUUUGAUGAGCUGAAACUCACACAGGGCAUUUAUGACAUGUCAGCACACACUCAUCCACUUCAAAAAGCCCCACCUGAGGUCAUUAUUUGUGGCCUAAUGAGAAGAUACCUCAUCCCUAAAUCCAUACUGCUAGUUACCACCAGAACAAAGAACACUGUGAACAAGCUGCUUAAAGGAAAACAGUGUUUCACUGAGAUCAUGAGUUUCUCUGAGAAGAAGGUGGAGGAGUACUUCCAGAAGUUCUUCAGGAAAGAGUAUGACUGUGUGAGAGCAAAUGAAACCCUCUUCACUGCCUGUUCCAUCCCCGUUAUCUGUCAGAUCAUUAGUGAGGUGCUCAGAGUUGGUGCAAAUGUAACAAGAGGACUGGAAACCACCACCUCCAUCUAUGUUGAUUUUGUGUCCACUCUACUGGAGCAUCACUGCCAGGGUUUGAGUCAGUCCGUCCCGACCCUGCUGAGGAGUCUGGGUCAGCUGGCAGAGAGAGGGAUGCUGGAACAGCAAGUCUUGUUUGAUGAGAAAAGUGUUAAUGAAACCAUUUCAGACCCUGCCUAUAGUCCAUUCCUGGGCAAGUUCCUCUCUAGAAGAAGUAUCCACCAGGAGACAAUGUUCAGUUUCAUGCAUCACAGCUUUCAGGAGUUCUUCACUGCUCUGUACUAUGUCCUUCUGGAUGAAGAAGAGUCCCAGAGGAAAGUGAGAGAGCUGCUCCACACUGUAGAGAGAGGAUGGGCUUUGUCCUGUUGGUCUGAUAGAGACUUUUCAGUGGCAGAUGUAAAAAUAAGACAUGCAAAGCUUCUGCAGCCUGUGAUUCUGUUCCUCUGUGGUCUCUGUAAGAAAGAUGGGAUCACAACAUUUAUUGAAAAGUACAACAUGGCCGUCUCUAGCAACAUAGGAACCCAGAUUAAGGAAUGGCUCCAUCAUUGCUCACAGAGAUAUCAAAAUGAACACAUGCUGUUCAUUCUCCAUUGUCUUUAUGAGCUCCAUGACAAGAGCUUUGUUGGGAAAGUUUUGGAAGGUUUAAUUUUGAUAGAUCUGUCUACUUUGCCUUUGAAAAUGACAGACUGUUGGGUUUUGAAGUACUGUUUACAGUGCUGUGAACACAUCGAAAACCUGAAACUCCAUGUAACAUCUGAAAAUCUGAAGAUGCUCCAGCCUGAACUGUACCGCUGUGAAGAGUUAUGGUUGGUGAUGAAUUGCAUUCCAGAUGAUGAUGUUGGUUUGAUUUCAUCUGCUGGCAAAGGAAAGAUUCUCAAUAAAUUGAUUAUAAAGGAGCUUGAAAAGCGUGGAAGUGUAUUCUGCCCAGAGAUCACUCUGUCGGUCAAAGAUGAAGACAUCAUGUUGUCUUUGAGCACAUCAGAGAUCAUAGAUGCAUCGUUAAAGACGAAAUUAACUCUAACCCGUCCAAGCUCAGUAGUUUCCACCAUCAACUGGGUGAAAUCGCAGAACGAGUCUGAAAUGUGCAUGUUUAAUCUUUUGGGUCCUGAGGAAAAGGGACUUCGUCUGUUGACGUUCCUGCAAUCAGUAUUUGAUUUGAAGAAAGUCUGUCUGCAGGCCUCAGAUCUGACUACAUUUGGCCCUAUAAUCCUUUCCCUUAUUCAGGCCUGCCCCAGCCUGAUUGAACUCAGUAUAAAUUUUAGAUGUCUAUUCAUGGUGCAAAUCAUGUCCCUGAAGGAAUCAUUGAAGCAGAUGGGUUGGACUCUGACUGUCUGGGGGGAAUCAAUAUUGAUUCAACAAGAAGGGGAGAGAUUCACAGAGGAGGAGCUGAAGGUGAAUAGAGAAAAGAGUGAGAGCAGAAUACGAGGGAGUUCAGAUUCUGUGACUUAUUCAUCAUUAAGAGAUGAAUCAUCAUCAGCACAAUCAUCCUCAGAAGAUGCAGAAGUGUUUACACCUGAACUACUUCAGGGAGAUGAUGAGAAACACAAGAAAACAUAUAGGUUUGUGUGUCCACAUGCUGGUCAGUUUCAGUGCAGACUGACCAAUCUUGUGUUUGUGAUGGAUGGUGAAGAAGAAGUGCUGUAUAAAACUGUCUCAUGGGAUCCUCGUCUGUUAGAUGGUUUGGGUCAGAUGCAGCCUGCAGGACCCUUGUACAACAUUGACUGUUUUCAUGGUUCAAUCUCAAGACUGCACCUUCCACACUGUGAAAUAUUCACUGAGGAAAACAAGGACAGUUUGGCUGUUGCACAUUUAACUGGCGGUAAUAUAGCAAUAAUGCAGCCUCUCCGAGUGACUGAAACUCAUGUGAUGAUUGACAUCAGAGAUCUCUCCAUCUUUGGGCUCAUAAAAAGGAUGAUCUUUCCUCCUUCCCCUGUUGCUGCCCAAGUGCUUGUCUUUCUGCGUCCGAUAACUUUCAGAGAGAGAGAAAACAUACUGGAUGUCCAUUUGCUCCCGUGGAAUGUUCCACUGUCAGAGGUCAAGGACCAGCAUGCAGAAAAUACACACAUAAAAACCAGUUCAAAGUGUUCUCUUACUCCGGGAACAGAAUACAGUCUGUGUUGUCAACCAGAGGGAUCUACAGUGCAGCCAGAGACUGAGAUGUUUGACUGUAAUUUUGGUCCAAACUAUCAUCCCACAUUUGAAGUGUUUGUGAAUGUCAACACUGAAGAGGUCAGGCUGAGUCUUUUGGAUAAAACUGAAGGAAAGGAAGUGUGGGUUCCCCGACGAAUCCCUCUCACAGGAACAUCAGGUCAAGAUGUAGAACCCCCGGCUCACAGAAGGCUCAUGGAAUCUGAAUUUGUGAACAAACACAGAGAUGAACUCAUUCAGAGAGUUUCAUCAGUGAUGGCGAUUGCUGAUGGUCUGAGGACCAAAGACAUGAUUCCAGAUGAAAUGUACAGUAAAGUUUGUGCUGCAGAACCACGACAGGAGAAAACAAGACUCUUGCUGGAUGCUCUUGCCUCAGGAGGAUCUUCUGUAAAAGCAGAAUUCUACAGACUGCUGAAGGUAAAGGAACAUUUCCUAGUAGAUGAACUGGAGUCUGGAUCCAGUGGACUGCAGUAAUGCAGAGAGAACAUCAGAGAGGAACUUCAGUAUGUUUGAGACAAACGACAUUCAUUUCAUACAAAUUUCUUUCAUUGUAUAUCAAGAGAGAUCCAGAUGCUUCUGAUUACAAAAAUAUUUUACUACAAUCGAUAUUACUGGCAUGAACUCCACAAAUUUGCAUAAAAUCUGAAGAUCUUGUUCUUCAGCAUGAAUUGAUCCAAAGAGCAUCUUGUUCUUCAGUGGAAGCAAAUACAUCUGACCAUCUGUACAGUCAAAAUUGUGCCUGUUUAAUAUAACCAUGAAAUGCAGAAUCUAAAAUAAUUCUUCAUUCAAUAUUUCUUCAACAGAAUUUAUCAUUUUCUUUAUUUUAAAUUUUUCAUUAUCUUUAAACUUUAUAUCCAGGUCUACAUUUUAGAUUUAGAAUUUGUCUCUAAAUGUCUGUGUUGAAGUACAGUAAUAUGCUUAUGUUUUACUCUGUUUAAGCCUUGAUUUGUUUAAUAUGAGUUAUGUAUACUGUUACUGUAUGAAAAUAUGAGUUACUACAAAAGAUGUUUUUAUUUUGAAAUGCUGUGGAAAAAUAACCACAAAGUUGUAUACAUUUUUCUGAUGUACAUAUUUUACAUUUUUAAAAGAUGAAUAAAACAAAUAUAAACAAAAUAAAGUGGAUCAUAACCACCAUAUCAAGUACAGUUCCUUUUUAAUCCAAGGACCAUUAACCCAAGGACUGGCUUUCGGUCAGUAAAGU